AAGAUGCAUCAGUGCACGGUUUGCAUGAAGCUCUUCCCUCGCCCCAGCGGCCUGGCGACGCAUAUGAAUUCGCAUUCGGGCGCGAAGCCGUACAAAUGCCCUAUACCCACCUGUACAAAGAGCUUUGCCGUCCGUUCCAACGCCAAACGGCACCUGCGCACGCAU